GGUGUUGAGCACCGCAGUUGUUAUUUUCUUUUCUUUCUUUUGUUUUCCUUUUUUCUUCUUCCCGCAAUUGACCUUUACCCGAUGGUUUUCUGAGCAGGCGUUCAAACCGAUCUUGACGACUGCGAUAAAAAGAACAAAUGUCGUGUGGCCCGGUGAGUAAUGCCGAGGGGUCACACCCGUCGAGUGGCCCCGGUUCAGGCCCUCGGCCGACCCGCAGCGAGACCGUAGCCUUCAAGGACCAAAUCGAGCCGGCGACCGCCGGAGAGCCGACCGCACCAGCCGACUACCAACAACAGCAACAACAACAGCAAGACCUGCUACUAGAUGGCGCUACGCCAGCAGGGAGUCGUUCGGGGGCUCCGUCGCCGGUGGCAAGAAAUGACAAAGCCAGGCCCUGGGGCACUAGGGAGACGGAGUCGGAACCGAGGGACGCACAGCGACAGUUGAACGAGUAUUGCGAGAACCCGGCACGUCAGAUGGAAAACAAGGAAUCGGUGCCAACACCAAGGGGGGAACAACCGGCCCCAUUGGGCUCCAAGAGGGUCUCUCCCAUUCAGGAAGAGAACUCACCUUCGUCACAGCCCAGCUCGUCCAGCCCCGCCUCCGAUCCGCUGCAUACUUCGGCCUCUACCACCUCGACAGGGUCUGGUCAUACCGUCCGGGCAGGGUCGGCAACCCCCGGGCCGAUGGCAUCGACCCCCUCUUACCCGUUUCCCCGUAUGGCUCCCUCCACCUUCCUACCCCCCUCCGUCCAUCGUCCCUUCACCACUCUCUCACCCACUGUGCCGCCCGACGGACACCGACCGCCGCCCGACGCCCUCGGAGGCCAGGACGCUCUGGCGUCGAACCCGUCGACGCCGGCCUCCAACCUGACGUUCCUCCCGCCCGGGUCCUCGCGCGCGGUGCCAGACCACCCUGACUUCCCCAGCCCGAACCUCUACGAGUUGGCUCUGAUGCUCACGGCCGAACCCGGCUUGGACGCGUGGUGGCAGACUGUGGUGCAGAUCAUGGUCGACGUGUACAAGGCGGAGAGGGUGACGCUCGCCGUCCCGGCCGACUCCACCGAUAUCGAGAAUGUCCCGUGGGGCCAGAAGGCGACGUAUAAUGCCCAUCGCGAGGACGACCUGAGCAUGGCCUACCUCGCCAGGGGCUCGAGCCUGAUGCCCAGCAGCACCGACGAGACCCCCGACCGCUCCUCCCAGACCACCGCCGAGCCUUCGGCGAAACAAGCACCGGCGCGACCUGUGCUGCAGAGCCGGCAUUCGUUCACGUCUUAUGAGCAGAAUAGGCAGGCUGCAGAAGAUGAGCGGGCCGUUCCUCCCCCAAGACGGCCUCAAGUGCUCUCGAGGAGUAAAUCCCACCACCCGACCACCACUCAUGGGGGCCCCGAUUCGGGCGUGCACGGUGACCGUCUGACGGGCGCGAGUUUGACCAGCCUUAACCGGGAGGCCCUGGAACAGCACGACGCGCGCGAGGAGCAGCAAGAGAUCCCGAGCUGGGAGGCGCCCUUCUCAGCCCCCAGGCGGGGCCACGGGAAGGUGCUGAAUGUGUUGCAGGCGCUCGACUACGAAGCCGAUCCGCUCAUCGACCACAACGGCAUCCUCCGCAUCCUCGACCGUGGCCGCGUCGUCGCGCUGACCAGGUCAUACCCCUACCUCAACCAGGAAUCAGGCGGCAGGAAGUCCGUGGACGCCCGCGCCUCACCUGGUGCCAGGUCGCCCGAGGGCCCCCGGAAGAGGGCUAGGAAGCCGCGCUCGGAUUCGCUGUCGAAGCUCUCUUCCAUCCUCGGCAACGCCACCUUUUCGCCCACCUCCAGUCGGAGCCCCCGGCCCCAGGCGCUGGAGAGGAAGUUCACGCUCGGGCCCCGGAUGGAGGAGGACGAGACGCCCAAACCGCCGACUCCGAGAUACGAAGAGUAUGAACAGGCCCCGCCCUCUCCAUGGUCGCAGUCCCCGGCACCUUCGCCCGCCGUCAGGGCCGACCCGGCCGAGAACCCCUUUUUUACCGACGCCGUGGUCGACGAGGAAUCCUUCAACCCAUCGGCCUCACCCGCCGAUUACUCGGCCAUGGUACCUCCAGAGGCCAUCGGCGUCGACAACUCCUGGACCAUACUACACGUCCCCCUGACACACGUGCUGCUGUCCCGACCUAACCCCUCCUUCAAGCUCGACCCGUCGGUCAUGGAACAAAAAAUCUCGGCCCGCAAAUCCGGGGACCCGCCGCCGACUGCGAACCUCUCCCCAGAGCGUACGGUCAAGGAGAAGCAUGCCCCGAUCGCCAUUCUCUCCAUCCUGAGUCCUAUAAUCCCUUACCCGUCCAACCUCCGGCAGUCCCUGGAAUACCUCGCCCCGCACCUCGCCACCUCCUUCUCCCUUUGCCGUCAUUACACCAACCUCGAGACCGAACUGAACGGGCUGCAAAAGCGUAGGCCGCAGACGGCCGGCUUUGGCGCCCUCCGACCUGACGGACGACCGCUCGCUGAUCCAACCGCCUUGGGAUCGUUUUCCCACAUGCCUGCCGAAGAUCCCGCUUCGCGGGACUCGAUGGCCGGCAGCAUGACUAGCCCGAGUGACUAUUCUGGCCCCGCCCGCAGUGCUGCCGGGUCUCCUGGCGGGACUCCCAACUGGGACCCCUCGUCUCUCAGCGGAGUCAUGGAUGGCAAGCGGGGGCAUACAUCGAGCCCUGCUCCCGUACAUGUGGACAGUUACUUCAGUUCCGUGACCAAGGGCCCCACGCACGCCGGACAGCGACCGAGGACGAACUCACGAGACACACCGCUUUCCGAAAAACGGUCAUCCCUACGCUUAUCGGGGGGCAAGGCGCAGCUGCAUGAGCCAGCCACUGCCAGCCCGACCGCGGCCGAGUCUCGGAGGAGCAACGAGUCUGCGCGCCACGAGCCUGUCGAAGAGUACCCGUGGGUCGGUGCUCAGCAGAGACAGCUGGGGGCGGCCAGAGAGAAGACAGAUGAAGGCCCCGGCGAGAAGGAGAGCUCGAUGGCGCCGCCGCCGCUGGCCGAGAACCAAAAGGCGACGGCUGGCACCCCGGGUUCGGCGCCGCAUCGGCACACUCAGCUCCACUCGUACGGCGCCGACUUUGCGUCGAUUUUCCAGUCUCUCCCGCCCAGUUCGACGAUUUCCCUGGGGGUCCCUCAUCCGGCGCCCAGUAGAUCGGGAUCCAUGACGCAAACCGACAUGACACCCCCGUCAGACAAGCUGAAGGGGCUCAUCCUGGACUCGUUGCCCGCUCACGUGUUCGUGGCCCUGCCGCAGACGGGCGAGAUAGUAUGGGUCAACAGCCGGUUUCUGACCUACCGCGGGCAGACCUCGGCCGAACUGGCGGCCGACCCAUGGGGAAGCAUACACCCGGAAGACAGAGAAGGGUACCUUCGCGAGUGGAGCCACUGCGUUCGGACGGGGGGGCAAUUCGCGAAGAAGGUCCGGAUAAGGCGGUUCGAUGGCGCAUACCGAUGGUUCUACGCCCGGGCCGUAGCGUCCAAGGACAAGAGGGGCGUUAUCAUGCAGUUUCUGGGCUCGUACAUGGACAUCCAUGACCAGCACAUGGCGGAGGUCAAGGCGGCGAGGCAGGAGGAGGUGUUGGCGUCCGAGGCUAAGCACCGCCUGCUCGCGAACCUGAUACCACAGAUCAUCUUCACCGCUACCGAGGACGAAGGCAUCACUUUUGCAAACGAGCAGUGGUUGUCUUACACCGGCCAAGUUUCCGACGACGUCCUGGGCCUCGGCUUCAUGGAUUACGUGCACCCGGACGACCUCGCCAAGUGCCGGAUCCCCCCGACGGAACAGUCGAAUCACGAUUCCAAACGGGGGGGAACUUCGAGCCACGACCGCUCGUUCUCGGCCGACUAUACCGCUCCCCGCCAGUCGGAGAAGCACUCGUCCCUCCCCGAUGGCGACGGCCACGGCUCCGGCCAGCAGAACAACUCCAGAAACGGCAGCAAUGACGCGACCACAAAUCACCUAUCCUCUGCCAACCUCUCGGAACUCGCGAAGAAGGGAGUGAUUAAAGUGUCGACGGAUAGCAGCGGACGGAUUUCGUACACGACCGAGAUCCGGUUACGCUCCAAGAGCGGCGAAUACCGCUGGCAUCUCAUCCGCUGCGUGGAGAUUGACAACGUCGACUUUGGCAAUGGCGCAAGCUCGUAUUUCGGGUCGGCCACCGACAUUAACGACCUGAAACUUCUCGAGGCGAAGCUGAAGGAGGCCAUGGACUCCAAGGGGCGCUUCCUGAGCAACAUGUCGCACGAGAUCCGGACCCCGCUCAUCGGAAUCUCCGGCAUGGUGAGCUUCCUGCAGGACACGACGCUCAACGAGGAGCAGCGAGACUACACCAACACGAUCCAAACGAGCGCCAAUAGCCUGCUCAUGAUCAUCAACGACAUUCUCGACCUCUCCAAGGUAGACGCCGGCAUGAUGAAGUUGAACUACGAGUGGUUCCACACGCGCUCGCUCAUCGAGGACGUGAACGAGCUUGUGUCGACCAUGGCCGUCGCCAAGCGCCUGGAGCUCAACUACGUGGUUGAGGAAGACGUGCCGGCAUGGGUCAAGGGCGACAAGGUGCGCAUUCGCCAAGUGCUCCUCAACGUCAUCGGAAAUGCCAUCAAGUUCACCCCCAAGGGCGAGGUGUUCAGCAAGUGCAGGGUCUUCGUCCCGGAAGACGCGCGGCUGCGGCCGGAUGAGAUCAUGCUUGAGUUCUCCAUCAUUGACACCGGAAGGGGCUUCACCCAGGAGGAAGCCGAACUCAUCUUCAAGCCCUUCAGCCAGAUCGACGGCAGCAGCACGAGGCAACACGGCGGAAGCGGCUUGGGCCUGGUCAUCUCCCGUCAGUUGGUCGAGCUGCACGGGGGAAAGAUGGUGGGCACUGCCGUCCCGGGCGAGGGCUCUACCUUCACUUUCACGGCGAGAUUUGGCUUGCCUACCGAAGAUGAUCACCCCGAGUCUUGGGUGCCUCAGCCAACACCCGGAUCGAUGCAAGCAACGCCCUUUCCUGCAGCGCUGCCGCCAGCAUCGAUUGACGUCCGCGAGCGGCCUUCCGACAGCCCACCUACGGCGAUCCCCCAUUUCGUGUCUCCGGCGGCUGCAUCUAGUGGCAGCUCCGAGCUGUCGACAACGUCUAGUCACAGCCGGGCCACGGACCGCUCGUCCGUGACGUCUGUCAAUACCGGCAUCGUCCACUUUAGCCAGGCAGCCCGGGCCAGCGGGCAAGACCUAUCCCAGAUGAAGCUGGAGAUGCCAUCGGAUAGGGGCAGUCCCGAGAGUGCACCUACCACAACCCCAGAGGACUUGACGACCGGGAAGCAGCAACACCAACAACAAAACCAGCAGCAGCAGCACCACCACCACCACCUAUCGCCGCCCAUGUUCUCCAUCCUGAUCAUCUGUCCGCAAAACCACAGCCGUGAAGCGACGACGAAACACAUCGAGAUGACACUGCCCAAGAGCGUUCCGCACCAGAUCACAGCCGUCGCCUCGGUUGAGGAGGCUCACUCCUUUUUCGGCGGCGAGGAUCCGGUCAGGUUCACGCAUAUUGUCGUUAACCUCCCCACCCCGGAGGAGGUCAUCUCCCUCAUGGACAAGAUCUCGCAGUCGGCGUCGACCACGCUCGGCAACACCACCAUCCUGAUCCUCUCGGACACGGUCCAGCGCCAGGCCGUCUCGAAGCUGGUUGCCGGCACAAAGUACGAGGCCAUGCUGUCCGAGAGCAACGUGACGUACAUCUACAAGCCCGUCAAACCAUCGCGGUUCGCCGUCAUUUUCGACCCUGCCAAGGAGCGCGACCUGAGCAUCGACCACAACCGGUCGACGGCACAGCGACUCGUCGAGGACCAGCGCCAGAGUUACCUCGAAAUGGAGCGCCGCAUGGGCGGCAAGGGCUACAAGGUGCUGCUGGUGGAGGACAACCCGGUCAACCAGAAGGUGCUGCAGAAGUACCUGAAGCGGGUAGGCGUCGCCGUCGAGCUGGCCGCCGACGGUGUCGAGUGCACCGAGAUGGUGUUUUCCAAGGGGUGGGGUUAUUACGCCUUGAUUUUGUGCGACCUUCACAUGCCCCGCAAGGACGGCUAUCAGGCCUGCCGCGAAGUGCGCGCGUGGGAGGCCGAGCGCGGCCAUGGCUCGCUGCCCAUCAUUGCGCUCUCGGCCAACGUCAUGUCGGGCGUGCAGGAAAAGUGCGUCAACGCCGGAUUCAACGAUUACGUCACAAAGCCAGUGGACUUUAUCGACCUCAGCAGGGCGCUGUCAAAGUUCUUCUGAGCGUCCCGCGAAGGGGCGGGAGCAAAAACCAAAAAGCUCUCUCUCGCCGCUCUUCUACCCGCGUCCUCUUUCUCCCUGUCUCUGUGUCUUAAAAAGUCUGUUGUUUUUUGUUCCUGUACGUGUGUGAUUCGUUCGUGGUAGCAGUUCAGGGUCGAGAGAGAAUUAAAAAAACAGCAAGGGGUGGAGAGAUUGGUUGUUGUCGGGAGCUAGAAG